UUUUUAUCCGACUAAUCUUGUAUUUUACUAUUUUGAAUCCUCCGCGUUUUUCUAUAUAAAUUCAUAUUUUGGAGUAAAACGUAACUAAUAAAACCGAACAGAGAUUAAGUCGUAAGUAGUACUAUUUUUUUAGGAUUAGGAACUGCAUUUCAGUCGUCGAGGCGUUGCAGGUAUGGUAGUUGGAAGGAAAAGUAUAUAUACAUGGGAAAUAAGUAAACAACGUGGCCAUGGCUAAAUCUCCCAUAUCUUCACAUUCACAUACCUUUUUUUUAUUUUUCUUUUGCCUACUAUAUUAGCCAAUCUCACAAGCUGAAUUAGUACUUACUCAAGUUCUCUUGGGCAUUUCAUCGAACAUUUGAAAGGUAAUGGCGGUAAGGGAAGAGAAGAAGCCAUCAGUAGAGAUCAACAAGCUCAGAUUCACCUACCCUGGUAUCGAUGGCCAUCCCCCUCCCGGAUCUACUCCUUUGAUCGAUGAUUUCUCCCUUACCCUUUAUCCCGGUGAUCGCUGCCUUCUCGUCGGAUCCAACGGCGCAGGGAAGACAACAAUUCUGAAGAUAUUGGGAGGAAAGCACAUGGUAGAACCAGACAUGGUUAAAGUGCUUGGAAGAUCCGCAUUUCAUGACACUGCUUUAACGGCUUCUGGAGACCUCAGUUAUCUCGGUGGAGAGUGGAGGCGAGAAGUUGCAUUUGCUGGAUUUGAGGUGCCUAUUCAAAUGGAUGUUUCCGCUGAGAAAAUGAUUUUUGGUGUUCCAGGAACUGAUCCACAAAGACGAGAUGAACUAAUUAAGGUUCUUGGUAUCGAUUUGUCCUGGAGAAUGCACAAAUCAUCCGAUGGACAAAGAAGAAGAGUGCAGAUAUGUAUGGGUCUUCUGAAACCAUUCAAGGUGCUUCUUCUCGAUGAGAUUACAGUUGAUCUAGAUGUUCUUGCAAGGGCUGAUCUUCUGAAAUUUCUGAUAAAAGAAUGUGAAGAGCGAGGCGCUACAAUAAUUUAUGCAACACACAUUUUUGAUGGUCUUGAGAAUUGGCCUUCUCAUAUAAUAUAUGUGGCUCGUGGGAAGCUGCAAUUAGCAAUGCCGAUGGACAAGGUGAAGGAGAUCAGCAAUUUGUCACUAAUGAGGACAGUAGAGAGUUGGCUGAGGAAAGAAAGAGAUGAGGAGAGGAAACGAAGGAAAGAGAGAAAGGCAAAGGGCCUUCCGGAGUACGAAAAACAAGUUGAGGGCACUCGAGUGGUAGGGGGAGAUCCAGCUCGUGCUGCUGGUCGUCCAUUGAACAAUGGUUGGGUUGGUGGAACACUACAUUCUACUAUUGCUGGUGAAGAAAAUUUUUUCUUAAGCUCAAACCGUGUUCUAAGAUAAAAAAAAAAAUAAAAAAAAAAAUAAAAAUAAAAUGCCGCCCACUUCUUUGAAACCGGUGUCAACAUAUUUUACUAUUUCAUUCUUACUGGUCAGACGACCAUGAAAGUAGGACUAAUAAAGUUUUUCGAAUUGUAGAAUAGAAUUAUCUAUGGUAUUUAUUUGUAUAAAUAUCUCGCUGCUGUGAUAUUAUAAAUUGAUUUGGUCAAAAUUGUGGUAAACUAGAAAUUUCGAUGAUAUUUCGCCA